UUCAGCAUCUGCAGACUUGGAAAAAUUUGUCUCUCAAGAAGGGAGGAGGGAGAAGAAAUGUUUAGGAAGUAUUCAAGUUUGUUAUUUAGGUGAACAAAGGAGGCGUUUAAAAUGUAAAGGAUGUCUCCCCCAAAACAGAGCAGUUAUUUGUAAUGAAGAUUUCCACCCUUAGUAUUUUCUGGAAAUUAAAAGUCAACAAUAAGCAAUGAAGUCUAUGAAUCUAUUGCUUUGGUUUCUCUCCUGUAGCCCCUCCUCACGCAACUGCCUGUAUGUAAGGCAGACCAGUGUAUGAUGUGAUGAAGACCAAUGCAUGAGGUGGGAUUCAUAUGGAUCUGGAUGUGUAUUUUUGAGUAAAAUCUGUGCCAUGGUUAUAUUAAGCUGAUGACUUUUCUUGCAUGCAUGCAAAUUUGUUAUUUCUUUGGCUAAUUCUGGGCUGUAAAUACACAUCAGUGGUGAGAUGCGCCUUGUGAAUAUACUGCUACAUGCAUCACCAAUUGCUCUUAGAGCCCGAACUCUUAAAGCUGAAAUACCCUUCCCCAUGCUCAAAACCAGCAAUUGGCCUAUGCCAUGAGCCAACCACAGGUAACUACUCUCUCUGGAAAAUACUGAGGUUGCAUGUAUCUUGAGCUACAGUAACAAAGUUAUAAAUUUAAAAUUAAAACUGUGUGAAAAUGAAGUAUUUUAAGAGAGAUUUUUCUUUCUUUCUUUCUGUGAGAAAAUUUUUGAUGACCAAGCAUCUUAAGUGGUAAGUGAAAGCAACCAAGUGUACCUUACUUUUGGUAUCUCAGAGUGCAUUUCAUUGUUGUGGAGGAUGCAAGUUUUAAUAUUUGAAACUACAAAGAAAAUGCCCUUGUGCCUCUCCUGCAGGCACAAAAAAAAAAAAAAAAAAAAAAAAAAAACCUGUAAAAAUCCAGUCAUUGAUUAAAAAUUAACCCCAAAACUUCCUAGUGCACAAUAUUUCAUGUAGCUCUGAUUCCCGCCUUUAUUAACAUUUUGUAAUGUCGUGAAAGCAACACAACUAUUUCAUGAUCUCUUAAGUGUUUGCUAUGCCAUUUGAUCUUGUGUGGCAUGUGCAGGGAAAAAUGAUAGAGCUUCUCUCUCCUUUUUGAGCAUCUGAAAAAGAAAGCCCAAGCACUAAUGAGUGUUUGUAAUUCAGUGUUACACGAUGUUACCUGAUAAGCAAUUAUUUUUCCAGAUGCCAAGUGGCACACUUCAAAGUACCUAAAUAUCCUGUAGAUUUUAAUGUACAUUCUUCAUUUGCUCAGCAGUGAAAGGAGGCUGGUUAGUAACUAGGAGUUGCUAUUUGCUUAGGCCUGGUACAGACAGACACCUUUCACAAGGUGAGUUGACUGAUAAUCUAGUUAAAAUGUUAUGAGCUGACAAUUCAAACAAGGUAUGUAAAGACUGGGAAGAUGAAAGAAGGAAGAUGUGUCAGAGUGCAAAGUUCCCUGUUGGGAUGAUUGGGAUUAUAGAUGCAAAAAAUGCGUCACAGCUGCAUGACUUUCCCUUCCUGUGGUGUUGAGAUUCUGGGCAGUGAGUGCUCACCUAAACUCUCCUUUGUUCUGCACAACAUCGUGUUGCUGCACACGUGCAGCUGUGCUGUUUUGAGGACUUGGAAUCAGUAUCCUCACUCUGGCUCAGUGUUGAGGGAGUAGCAGGACUACUUUCCAAAAAAGGUGCUGUAUGACACAGAUAGUACCCUCAAACUCUGGCAGUUGCUGGUGAGGGAGAUGAUACCUCGUGGGCUUUUGCACUGCGAGAUAAGUUGAACCUUGUUAAAGGAUGGAUUUAAUUUAAAUCAUGUUUUAUAGUUUGUCAGACCCUUCCUUGUCUGUAUAAGUGUCAUCAGUGAUGCACUGUAGAGCCCCAAACCAAAUCAUUUCAUUGCUUAGAAAGCUGGAAGCACAGAAAUUCAACAAGGGCUCUUGAGUUAAGCAAACACAAAGUUCUAAGUAAGUAGGUAGAAAACAUAUUUCUCUAAAAAGAAAUGCCCAAAGUUCAUUUUCAUAGCCAAGUCCCUGACUAUGUCAUGUCUAACAGACCAGAAAUUUCCCAGAUGCUAUUGGAGCUAAAUGCAUCCGGAGGAAUUAGGCAGUCAAGUGCCUUAUGUGCUGAAGUCCAAUGUUUACGGAUCAGUGGUAUUCACAUAACCUUCACUUAACUCUGUAGCACAGCACUGGACCCAGUUUUCUCAGAUCCCUGUCUCAUUGCUGAAGUUGAUGGAUUUGUUGGUAUAAUAGUGGUUUCUUUUACAACUGUCCUUUGUGGAAAGUAUACGCAGUUCAAAGAGACUUGCCAGAUAAGGCCUCAGGCUGAGAGGAGAGGGAAUGCCGGUUUUAGGAAUGAUGAGGGAGCUUUUGGAUGAAGCAGACCUUGAGUAGGUCAGCAGUGCCAGGCCUCAAGACAGUUAUGUCUAUACCCAGACUCAGAAGUGUGAGAUCUGUCCCUAGAAAUGCAUCAGAAGGAAGUUAAAGUACUUUAAGGUGCCACAGACAUUCUGUGAAUGAAACUGGGGUCCAACGGAUGGACAGAGCAGGAAUCAACAGUGGAGUGUAAGGAUGCUACUUUUUCCUUUUGCAAUCUAACAUGUUAAUUUAGGAACUUGGAGAUUGUUGAGUAAUGAAGUUAAUGCGUUUAUUCAACAUGCUGGGUGAAAAUAAGGCUAUCCUCUUCUAUCUUUAAGACUGUCUUCUCUGUUUAACUGUCUUGACUGUUACUAGCUCCUUCAGCUAGAGUCCGCAUCAGCGAGAAUGCAAUUUCCAUGCAUUGUUUCAGUCUGGAAAUGAAAUAAUUUUCAUUAAUGGAAACCUGGUUCUCAAGCAGAACAAUUAGACCCACUUCAGGUUGAAAAAAGAUAAAAGCAUGCUAAUUUGGAUGGAGGACUCUUCUUUCAAGGCAGCCAAUUGAGUCAUCAGCCUGCCACCCACCUGACCGUCUGACAGGUAAUUAGGAGAUAGUCCUUUUUUGUGUGUGGAGUGUGUGCAUAAACCUGCACGCGCCGGUGUCACUGCCCAUUGGGACUUCCAGAGGAACGAGCUAGUCAGUGGCAAAAGAGUGAGGAGGGCACGUUUCUCAGGCUGUGCCCAACGAUCUGACUUGCUUUUUGAUUUAGCUUCCUAUUUCUGUCUUUUAACAGCCACCCCAAGUUUCUGGCAGUAAAGUCAUUAUGGCAGACCUGGGUUGCAAAAAGCCCACUGACUGCACCGUCUCCAGGCUGCUCAGCGUCGUGGAGAGUGAACUCCGGGCAGGCAGAGACAAAGGUGACCCCACUGAGAAGCAGCUUCAGGUUGUCUUAGAGGAUGCUACCCUCUGGCAGAGAUUCAGAGAAGUCACCAACGAGAUGAUUGUGACCAAGAAUGGCAGGCGCAUGUUCCCUGUUUUGAAGAUCAGCGUAUCAGGCUUGGACCCCAACGCCAUGUAUUCUUUCCUGUUAGACUUUGCCCCGACUGAUGGCCACCGCUGGAAGUACGUCAAUGGAGAAUGGGUGCCAGCUGGGAAACCGGAGCCACCAAACCACAGCUGUGUCUACAUCCACCCAGAUUCUCCCAACUUUGGGGCCCACUGGAUGAAAGCUGCCAUCUCCUUCAGCAAAGUCAAACUUACCAACAAGCUCAAUGGGAGUGGGCAGAUAAUGUUGAACUCCCUGCAUAAAUACGAGCCUCAAGUACAUAUAGUUCGUGUAGGAGGCCCCCACCGGAUGGUGAUGAACUGUUCCUUCCCUGAGACUCAGUUCAUAGCUGUGACUGCCUAUCAAAAUGAAGAGAUAACGGCUCUCAAAAUCAAGUAUAAUCCCUUUGCCAAAGCCUUCCUGGAUGCAAAAGAAAGAAACCAUCCCAAGGAUGCACCAGAAGCAGUCUCUGAAGGUCAACAUAUGACAUACUCUCACUUGGGUGGCUGGUUGAUUUCCAACCCAGAUACAAUGUGUGCAUCAGGAAGCUCUAAUUACCAGUAUACUGCACCUUUACCUUUGCCAGCUCCACACGCUCCCCACGGCUGUGAGCGAUAUUCAGCACUGCGAGGGCAUCGGGCUGCUCCAUACCCACCUUCCUACAUGCAAAGAAAUCAUUCACCUACAGUGAAUUUUUUGGAGAGCUCCAGCAAUAAUCUUCAGGUAUUCUCAGGACAUGACAGCUGGACUUUGCCAUCCUCUCCACAUGCUAAUUUGCUCUCCGUGCCACACACCAAGGGAGCUGCCAGCCCGGGGCCCAGCCAUUACCCUUGCCUGUGGUCAGUGAGCAACAGUGCUGUAAGUGUCACCAACCCGGGAAGUGAGGUGAACAGCAACACUUCAAGCAUGUUUUUAAGGGGUAAUGUACCCUUACCAACUGCAUCUUCAUCCGUCCAAAUCCCUCUGCAGGCAACUGCAUCUGGCAGCAUGGAAACACAAGGGGAAGCCCCUCUAGUCAGACUUGUCGACUCUGCGUGGACGUCCUCACACUCCUUUUAAUGGACAGGCAGCUCAAAAGGAAAGCUCAGCCAAAUAAGAGAGAAACAAAUGGCAAAUGGCAAAGGAUCCCCAGGAACUGAGCUCAGAACAGGGAUGUGUACGCAGAUUACUCCCCAUCAAGCAUCAUUUUCCAUAAUGUAUCUCUUGUGUGCCACAGAAACCAAAAUGCAUAAUGCAGAGGAGGGAAAUCGUAGGGGGAACUGGCUUAUUACUUUAACCUUCCUGAAUUAUUGAGAAUGAUAUCCAGAAAGAAUCUUUAUAGUUGGCUUUGCUCCUUCCUCACAUCAAAAUGAUCAGAGAUAUGGGACUGACCGAAGCAGACAUGGCAGCUGGAUAUUUGCACGUCGUUUUAGAAGGGCCCUUUCUGAAACUGAAAGCCAAGUCCAUGAAAAUUGUGGACGAAUUUGCAACCACUGAUUUGAAGUGACAGGGCUGCUUUAAAGGCUUUCUGAAUUGGUCACAUGAAGGUUUCCUGAAACUAAGCUUUUUAGAGGGGUUGAGAUUAGCCUGACACUCUAAUUCAGCUUGCAUAUGGUAUUCUCUGUCCCUUUCCUUUCUUCAGCUCUUGUGUGCUCUUUCUGUGUUAUAGGGAUAAAGGACAAUGCUCAAGCUGAGAAAGCAGCUGCAUUGUAGCAGCAGGUGAAGGGCAUCUGGUUUAGCAUUUACAGUCUAAUGUUAAAUGAAAAGUUCUGAUGUUUUCUGCAUGUGUUAUUUUUGAGAGGAUGGAGGGAAAAUAAUUCUAGAAAAAAAAAUCAGCUUACAUUUCCACUUUGCUUCAGGCAGAGUACUAAUAAAAUAUGAAUCAAUGGUGUACUGUGGUUUCAGUGCAUUUCCAAGGUGUAAAUGUGCAAACCAAUCAUUUUUACUUACUAACCUCUGAGAGAAUUUAAAUUAGCUCCACCAGAAGCAGGAGUUUUCUAUUGCUCUGCCAAUUACUGGCUAUAUGAUCUUAAGCAUGGCAUUUCAUAUCUUUGUACCUGUUUUCCCUUUCACUUUCUGUUUGUCUGUCUGUUUGUUUGUUUGUUUGUUGAAGAGCUUCCUUUUUCAGGUUGUUGCUUUUCCUUUCCCGUGAGAGAAUACAACAUCUAUCACAGCAGAAGUCUGAUCCUGUCAGCGAUAUCCAACUACGAAUAGUAUAAAACAAAUAAUAACUUACUCCCUCAGAUAUUCCUUGUUUACUUCCUCAGUCAAUCCCCAUUCACUGCUUUCAUCCACAGAGGACUUGCUAUGCACUAAGAAAGGAAGUGAGCAGCAGUAAAACAUGUUAAUGUGAAUUAUAAGCUAUGCUCCUGCCUUGUACUCCAUGCCAACGUACAUUUUCCUUUCUGAGUCUCUGUCAACUGCAGAAACCCCAUGCAAUGUCAGACAGCAUGUGUGAAGGUGGUGUUUUUUUUCAAGUUCUUAGGCCUGAAUCAUACCCUCAAGGCGCUUUCAGUGCUAUGCAGUUUCAUGACAUCCCCAUCUGGCUUUUUAGAUUUACUGCAGGCAAGGCACUACACCAGAACACACUUAAGAUGCUAUUAGUUUUAGUAAUGUGUGCUGUUCUUAGCUGAAAGCAAAGCCAUGAAGUUGGUUUCAGACAUGCAUUUCUGUUGAAAGAGGCAUUGCUCAAACAGGAGCUAACAGCAGAAGGUGAAAAGCGCUGUAGCCUACUAUUAAUCUAAUUGUUGACAGUUCUAACUUAAAUCUUCCUUUCCAAAUUCUAUCAAAUUUCUCAGUAUUGCCUUUCUCUACCUUGCAGCCAGAAAUGUCAGUAGAUGUUUCUCUCGCAAAUAGCUCUGCUUUACCACCAGAUGAAGCUGAUUAAUUAACGUAUACUACCCUCUUCUGGCUGCUUGGAUCCCCACAGCAGGUGCUGAGUCUACAUUAAAAUGUCUAUAGAUGCUGAAAAAAGGCAAGUGACGACUUUUCUGUGUGCCACAACUUGCUACGCUUCCUUCACGGUUAAUGGGUUGGAUAAUUGCUUAGCUUUCCCUCGAACUGCAUUACAGUAACAGAUAAAUGAUCAUAAGAAGUUAGUUAUGCAAACGGGAAUUUUAUUUCACAAAUAAACAACCUGGGAGAAAAUCUAAUUAGCUUUCCUGAUAGCCCUGCAGGAGGACUGAGAGGGCUGAUAAAGGAUCAGAAUGAUCAGGCAGAAGAAUCAAUUUCCUUAUUGCUGUAAAAGCAGCAUGAUUUGUGUCACAGAAAGUUCUGACGUCUGAGGAGCAAACUAAGUUUUUGUCGUUGCAGAGUCUGGUUUAGCCUGAGGAAAGGCACAGCAAGAUAAAACCAGCCCAAUGCCUCGAAACAUCGUUGCUUUGAUAAAUGCUUUUAGAACUGGGCUCUGGCAAGGGAAGGUUUGCUUCUAAGAAGCAGUAGUCGCACUGGGGAUAGCUUUUACCACCGGUCAACAAGGAAGAAACACCACUGUAAAUUUGCAGGUCUCAUUUCCGCAGCACAGUGCCUUGCCCUGCGUGCAGCCGCCGGCUGGGGUGCUCACAGCACUCUCCUCCCUGGGGAAGAAGGCCCUUCAAAUAUAAACCAUUCCCCUCAUGGCACACCGCCAUUUUGGGUCGGACAGACCUCUGCUUCUAUCAGAAAUAGCCAAGCAUUUCUGACUGAUACCUUUCACUUUCUGCUCUACCCGAUGACUGCAAGUGCAGAAAGAGAAGGAAGAGCUCCCUGUUUUCGCAUAUUCUGACAGUGAGCACACACCUGCGGCACUGAGGCAGGCCACGCCCCUCCUCCUGCUGGAGUGCCGCCAUUUUAGGCAGUCGAUAUGACAGACGAGUGUGGCUGCAGCUCCUCCAGUAACCUGCAUUUUAAGCCUGCGAGGACAGCUGGUUCUUUGUGAUGCAGGUGAGCUGGCAGCCUAUGUGGCCUCAACCUAAAAAGCCACAAGUGGGGCCCCUCCUGUGCCUCGCCCUCUGCUUGCCAAUUCUCCAUCCUUCUCUCUCAUCCAGUAGGAAUCCCUGGGCGUCACCUUAUGCUCCUGCCCAUACCCCAACAGAAGGGCAAUGCAGCUUCCAAUUUUCCAGUCCGCUACUGUGGAGUUUUUAGGGAAUGUCCCUUUGCUCACUGACAGGUAGAGGACCAGACAGCACGCAUAUACCAGCAACUGAAGUCUCCAGCUCAAAUGCUUCUUGGUGAGGUGCUUCCAGCCCUGGGCUCCCAUCCAUCAGGGGAGACCAAGCAGCAUUAACUUCCUCAGAAGGUGUUUUCAUGCCUCACAUCCUCACUGUACCCUGUUCCCCCUUCAGUGGGCUGCAAAACCUUCCCUCCACAGGAACCCAUGCCACUCCCAGGUCAGCUGGUCUGCCCAACUUUGUCCUUCUGUGACUGAGGUAUUUUCAGCUUCUCUUUUGUUUAGAAAGUUUCAUAGCCUGUUAUUUUUCUCCCCCCCCUUCCCCCUUUUCUCUGCAGUUUUACUGACACAGUAUUAGGAACAUUCUUGCCUAUGUGUUGAGUUACAGGCACCAGGAAUUGAGUUAUGUAAAUGAAGACUGGGGAGGGCAGUCAUGAGAGAAGAAGCUGUCAUCAUAAUUCAGCAUGUGCUUUUUAAGGCCCUUAAGAGGAGCACAAAUGAUCAGGGAUCAUCAAGAGCUCAGGUUCACAAACUUUCAGGCAUCUGGGAGAUUGUUCAGCCAGGAUGUUAUGCCUGCUGCAGAGAUGCUUUAGGACGACUGCUCAUUUUUUCCAGGUGCAUAGUGCUGUAAUAACAAAACAGGCUUUUUGAGAAGGCUUGGGUGUUUGACUAGGCAUGUGGCAAACAAGCAGGGAAAAAGCCCUCUGCUACUGGGCACAGAUCAGCCAGAUUUGUAGUGAACAGCACAAAUGAAAACGACACAAACUGGCUCCCAAAACACUUUCCAGUCAAGGGUGCAUCUGUAGACUGCUUUUGCAAAUGCAAAGCUCAGAAGUGCCUUCUGCACUCUUCUGGGUCAUUGUCUCAGAACCUGAGACAGAGGGGUGCUCUGGGCUGAAAUCUCCUGCAUGCCUUCCAUCUAUCCAUGCCUUUUCCUGUCAAAAAGAGGUUCGCAAAAGAUACGCUGUAUGCCACACUCUGCCUCAGUUCUUGCCUUGAUUUUUUUUCUUUUUCAAGGUGUUUUUUUAGUCAUACUGUGCAUGCUUUCCUCCACGAGAACAGUUGUAAAUUGCAAGUUAAGUAUACCUUGCUUCAUUAAUGUCUGUUUUCUUCUUUCUUUCUCCUUCCUCUCCCAGUGUGGGCUCUCACAAUAUUGUAAUGGUUCCUGCAAUUUGGACUUGAUGUUUCAGCAUCCUGCAUUUCUGAAGCAUCCAAAGCUUUGUGUUCAAAACAAACUUGAACUGCUUUUGCAAAUAUGAAUCAUUGCUUGAGUCUGAAACACAAUGAUUUUGCAGAGUUUACCCUGCAAAUUACUUCUGCUUUAGGAUGUGUGGCAGAAAUGCUAGGUCACAGCUUGAAACAAUGAUUAAACACCUGAUAGGAAGGCAGGGCCAACCCAGGGGAACUCAGGUGCAAGCAGUGCACUUGAUUGUCUGCAUGGGGUGGAGUCAGGAUCUACCCCUUUCUAGACCUCAUAUAAGGGUUGGCAGUGGAGAUAAGGGUAUCCUGUUGGAGCUCCCUGUGUACCUGGGGUCCUCUAAGGGUAAGUGGAUUCUUUCCUUUGUUUUUGUGUCUACAGCUGCUGCAUUUGAGUAUGUUCUUACUUGUUGUAGCCUAGGACUCUGCAACUAUGCUGCUGUUGCUGUGCUUUUCAUUUUGUUACAGGAUUUGAUCUAUAACUGGAAGAAUUGCAAUUUUUCUUUGGAUAUAGCAGUUCUCUGAGCACCAGGUCAGUUGCCACUGUCCUACUAGUAUAAAAAAAAACAUUGUCACUUGUCACUUCCUCUGAAUCUGAGAAGGUGACUUGGUAGCAUCCAGAAGGCUAGGUUUAGCUGCCAGUGUUUCUGUUAUCACCUGUUUUUUGGAUCUGUUCUGCCAAGAGAUGUCAAUUCUCUGUGCUGGCUGGAAUGUAGCAAAUGCAAAAACGGGGAAAGAAAAGUUGAUGAUAAAGCUGGGCGUACUUUAAAAACUCAGAAGAAAAAAAAAAAAAAAAGAUAUUUUGUAACAUAGCAAAACAUUUCCAUUAGUUUAAACUUAAGCUCUACUAUUUAUCAAUGUUGAGGGUGGGUUCUGGGCUUUUGGUUCAGCUCACAGCUGUGGUUUUGUCCUGAAGCUAGAUCUGAAUAUUCAUCCUUGGGUAAAUCAUGCAGCACUUUGGGUUCUGUGUUUCAGUUUGUCUGCUGUUAACGUAAGUACUAACAACUGAGUGAAUAUAACCCUAUUUAUAUUUUAGCCACGUAGUAUGUAGCACAAAGUCAUGUCCCCUGUACAGGAGAGUUAGUUGAGGAUAUUUGAAGACAUGUUUAUCAGUGGAAGUAUUUUGAAGGAAGUCAGAAAUACAGGUAGAUAGGAUCCUUAUGUAAGUCUCUCUCCUUUAGUAGUUAAGUACAUGCAUUAAAAUUAAUCCUGCUAACUAAAACACUCUGGUUUCACCUAUGGUGAAUAACACCACUGUUUUCUCCUAUGGUGUGUCACAGUCUGCUAAGCCUGAAGCAACAAUAAAUAAUCCCUACCACCGAGAUGUCAGCACUUACUGAAUGAUUUGAAAAUAUCUUACUGGGGAUGUUACUGAAGCAUGAAGUAUGAGUGCUUUUAUGCUGAGUUGAAGGGGAUGCUCAGUUUUUAAAUGAGGAAUUGGCAGAGAAAUAGUAAUAUAUGCUAGGGUAUGAAUGAUCUGAAUGAAAUUCCUUGAGUUUUCAUAGACGUUCUGUAGAACUUCACAUAAAUGACUUGCAGGCUCAUAGGUCAAGUGCCUGUGUGUUUUGUUUUUUGUCUCGAGGGCCAUGAUGUUGGCAUUAGACAUCUCCUGUAAGUGGGCAUUUUGUCUUUCUCCUAAAUAUCUGUAGCAGAUCUAAAGAGAUCUGAGGCAGAAAUUCCUCCUCCUACUGUGUAUGUACAGCACCAGCAAAAUGAAGUUCUGUCCCAAUGGGGUCUUUUGGCAUGCUAUUAUUCAUAACAAUUACAGAGCUUUGAGUAUUAGUACAUUUUUCUCCAGUUGUAGUACUAUGUUCUCGUGUUCACAGACCUUCAGAGCCAAACUCUGAAUAAGACAUUACUGAUAUUCCUAAAACACAAAGCAUCUCCAAGAUGGAAGUAGUCCUUUUAAGUAAUCUGUAGUGCUGGAUGAUGUCACAGAAAAUCUUUAAAAGUGCUUCAGAAAUCUGAAGGAGCCAAAAUGCACCUUUGCAACGACAUAGAUGUAAAGAUUUCUUUCCAGGUUGCUUUGUGAAAAAUCAAGGAGAACUCCCAUACAAUUCACCUUAUGGUUACUUUUGUUGUAAAUUUGAAACU